CAGCUUGGAGCGGCUGCAGCCAGCAGGUGGGAGCGCAUGUGCCACAAAACAGCGUAACUGAAAGGAAACGCCAGUUAGAAAUCCUUUAGUUUACCUCUGUGCUCCAUUUAUCUGUUUAAUAUCAGGGAACGCUGCUCCAGAAUAUUCACAACUUUAUUCGAAAGUCAUUCACUGAAAUCAUGUUUUAAUUGCUUGCGUAAGACACGGGAUGGACACGUGCGUUUCCGUUGCCGUGGUGAUGUCUAACUGCGCUCAGCGAGCGUUGUUAAACUAUUCUGCGAGAUUUGGGAACCGUGGGAAAAGACGUCGUCGUUUUAAGCCCGCUCAGCGUCUUUGAGGAGUUCAAACCUGACGCACAUGAGCUGGCGCUGUCUGCGCUUCUCUCGGUUGCUUUGAACGACGGACAAUCCUGCCUGUGUUGGCAAAGAAUGAUGCACCGUUCAGCCGCAGUUUCUGCCGUGAAACUUGGAAAUAGAUUCCGAGCAACUUCCCAAACCCGAUAAGCUGAGCUCCGCCGCUGGCUGCUGUUCGUUUCUUUUGCCCUGCGGUCUGACGGAUAUUGCCAGAAAAUAGCAAAGUUCCUUGUUGUCACGAGCCUCCUUCCAGAUGAUGGAUGGAGGUCUCAGCCUUGGUGCUCGGCUUUCGGUAAUUAAGCUGAGGUUGUGAUGUCGUGAUGUGUUGUGGACCUUUAUCAGUUGGGCUUUGAUGAUGCUGAGUCUGGGUCUGAGCCGAGAUUAAUGAUUGUUGCCAUUUCAAUAAUUACACCAGUAAUAUCUGUCAGCGGGGACUGAUAGCCUGUCUGUGGGACGUUUGGGAAAGAAAGGGCAAAAGGCAGUGUUUGCAGGAGUUGGACUUUUUGAUUAAAAGCCUCUGAUACUGCCUCAACUGAGACGUAGUAUAGAAAUACUGAAUGAUCCAGGCAGGUGCAGUAUAUAUUAAAAUACACUACACUUCAGAUAUGCUUAAUUUCAUUCCCCAAUGAUUCAUAUUUAGGAUUUUAGGCAAUAAGAAAAACUAAUCCUGCAUAAAAAUCAUCAAAUGACAUUUGCUUAAGCUUCCAGAAGCUCAAGCAUCUUUAUUGUGAGGGCGCUCACAUUUUUACUACCUCAGGGGGCGAGAACACAAGUCCAUCAAGCCUUAAUGUCUCUGUCUUUUUGUGUUGUAUAUGGCGCUUAUGUUUAUCGCCUUUAAAGCCCAUGUGUUGGAACCACUUCUGUACUUUGCUGAUGCAGUUCUUCACACCUUGCCCUCCCUUCGAUGUCUCCGUUGACGCUCAGACACGCACUAACACAGGUGAACGGCACGGAUUAGACUUGGGUGAAGGACUGGAUUAUUCGCUGUGUUAAGUCAUAGAUGCCUGCGUGUCAUGAGGCGGCUGAAGCCACCGAGGAUGACGCUGUCCCCUUCGUGAAAAGCCAUUAGGCUGUUUGGAGCCGUUACACCAUGAAAGGAGAUGCCCUUCAGAUCCAGUGCUACCAGUGUGAGGAGGUGAAGCACAAUGACUGCUCCACGCCCGAGUACAUUGUCAACUGCACGGUCAAUGUUCAGGACAUGUGCCAGAAGGAGGUGCUGGUCAAACCUGAUGGUAUACAUUACAGGAAGUCCUGUGCCUCGUCCGGGGCUUGCCUCAUUGCCUCCUCUGGCUACCAGCAGUUCUGUACCGGCAAGCUCAACUCAGUCUGCAUCUCCUGCUGUAACACCCCACUGUGCAAUGGGCCCAAAAGGAAACGCCCCGUGCCCUCUGCGGCUCCCUCAGACGUGCAGCUAAAGCGGCAGCUCCUUCUCUUUCUGACCUUCAUCCCGCCAGCACUGAUGGAGAUCACUUUUUAGGUUCCUUUUGUAGACUGGAUCUGCAGUCGCUUCGUACUGAUGGCUCAGAUUUAGACACAGCAGUGGUUUUAGAACAUCAUCACAUUACUGUGAUCGACACCACAGCCCCCAGGAAGACCAGUGCAGUCCUGGAAACUGGGAGCACAGACACACUUCAUGUUCACAGCUUUCUGCAACGUCUUGUUGAUUCCGCGAGGACGAGCCCGUCUGCAGCCGCGGCAUCUCUCAUCUUCUUUGCUUUUCGUGAAGUGGAGCAUUUUAGAGUCAUAUUCUGGUUGCUAUAGUGUCAAAGAUGCAGUUAAUAUGGUAGAAGCUGAGCUUUUAUUCCCCAAGUUGUUCGGGACGUACGGUUUCCAACAGGACUGUUUAUUUUUUGCCAUCGUUGCUCAGAAUACAUUAUUUUUUCACGUUCUGCUGAAGAAUGCACUUUGAUUCAGGCAAAUACGAUUGAAUUUGAAUGUUGCAGCAAAUUGUCCUGUCACAGUUAUGCACAUUUCCCCACCGCUGCUGCGGUAUUGAUUGACAUUAUAUAGCAGGAAAUGUGAUACUACAGAUUCUAAAACUGUGUUUUGUUAUUGCGUAUUCAUAAAGUUGCGUUAUUAAAUGCAUCAGCGAGACGUUACCGUUGCAGAGGUUGACCCGUUAAAUCUGGAAACACCUGGUUCAGUUAGCUAUUAAAAGUUUUACAGUAAGCAUAUGCAAAGAGCAGCAUAACAAACUAUAAGCACAAGUCAAUUCCACCUUGAGAGUCACUCCACGCAUCAGUGUUACGCUGUAAGUUUUAGGUUCUUGAAAACCUACAGGAUUAAACGUGCUUCAGUCACUGCACGUCCUUGCUAGUGUUGUGUUCUAAUCUAUGACACUUCAAAGGAAUUCAACUUGUGGAGCGUAUUUCCGUUUUGUGGAAUAUUAUGGUUUAGUUUCCCCUUUGAAUUUAUUUGUACAUAUUAUACGUACAAGUGAAUCAUGAACCUAGCAAAAGCAAAGAAUGUGUACUGAUUAGACUUUGUUUUGAAUUAUUAGAAUAUUGCUUUUAUGUUACAGAGAAUGUUGCAUAUAGAUUACUUUUACAGAAUCAAGCUGUUCUGGAACAACAAGAGAAAAGCUGUCAGGCAGUGAUGGACCAUGCUGUAAAUGUUCACUGCAGGUGUCUGACUGGUCUUCUGUGAAGAGUAACACUGUAAUGUGCUGAGAUGUGAUGUAAAUAAAUGUUGCAGAAAACUGACAAACUAA